AUGGGCAAGCACCGGAAGCAUCCCCAGGGAGCGGCAGAGGUUCAGGGCCGCUCCGAGACGCACACGCCGCACUUGGACCAGCUGAUCCGGGAGGGUGUGCUUCUGGAACGGCACUACGCCUACAAGAUCUGCUCCCCCUCCAGGUCUUCCAUUCAAAGUGGGCGCCUUGCGGUGCAUGUGAACUCGGUGAACACUGGUGUGACCUUUUGGAACCCAGAGGACAACGUGUCAGGCUUUGCCGGCGUUCCGGCGAACAUGACCGGCCUUGCGGAGAAGAUGCAACAUGCCGGCUACCGGACGCACCUGGUGGGCAAGUGGGACGUGGGCAUGGCCACGCCCUUACACACUCCUCUUGGUAAGGGCUACGAUUCCUGGCUGGGCUACUUCCAGCAUGCCAAUGACUACUGGCAGGAAAGCAUGCCCUUAGCAUCCACAGGCAACGUUGACAUUUGCUUGAACAAGUUUCGAGACUUCUCCCUCUACAACAGAACUUACCGGGCGGGUGUCACGGAAGCUGUGGCUCGCGAGCUGGGAUGUAACGCCAACGUGAAGCAUGUCCAGAAAAUGGGGAUCAAGCCGCAGGUCAAUUCUACAGGGUGCAACGUGGAUGAUCCCGACUACUGUCUUCCCGAUAGUUGCUUCGAAGAGGCCAUGUUCAACCAGUAUGCUCUGAGGAUCAUCAAAGAGCACGACCGCCACAAGCCUCUCUUCCUCUUCUACUCCUUCCACCUCCUCCACACUCCCCUGCAGAUCCCAGAGUCCUACUUGCAUGAGAUUGACAGCCUUGUGGCCCGAAGCGGGGUCCCGCACAGCAUCCCGUGGACGCAGAACCGGAGGCUCUACGCCGCCAUGACUUUGUAUAUGGAUACCAUGGUGGGCAAUUUGAUUUCUGCCCUCAAAGAACGCCAGAUGUACGAAGACACCCUCAUCGUGUUCACCGCGGACAACGGCGGGCCCGUUUACGAGCCUGGCUCAGCCAACAACUGGCCAUUGAAAGGAGGCAAGUACAGCGACUGGGAGGGAGGUGUGCGAACCAAUGCCUUCGUGUCGGGUGGCUUCGUGCCAUGGCCGCGGCGUGGCACGAAGUUCGGCGGUGUUAUCUCCAUCGCCGAUUGGUAUGCAACGCUAUCCACCAUCGUGGGCGUUCCCGUUCACGACGAGAAAGCCGAGGCGGCCAACAGGUACUUGCUUCAGAAUGGCUUGCCCCUGCUACCCCCCGUGGACGGCCGGCCCCAGUGGGAGAACAUCGUUUGGGACAUCAAUGGCCGGAAAGAUGCAUUGCACCUUAGCCAGGAGGCCCUCCUGUGGUGGCCCUUCAAGCUUGUGACGGGCAAACAACCUUACAGCUUCCACCAAGGCCCGGUGUAUCCCAAUUGCACUACAGAAGAAGGCUUGCAUGCGGAUGAAGGGCCCAUCUUCUCCGACAUGCAUGUCUUUGGCGUGCCCGUCUACCCAAGCGCGAAUGCCUCGCAGCAGGAUGAACUCACGAUGGCCAGCGACUGCAGCUACGGCGGCUGCCUCUUCAAUGUGGAGCGCGACCCCAAUGAAGUUCAGGACCUUGCCGCCGACCCUAUUUACUCCGACGUGCUCUUCCAGAUGCAGAAGAAGCUCUACUACCUCAACGAAGGCAACUUCAACCCAAAUCGCGGAGAGCCGGCCGUCGAAGCCUGCCUCCAAGCCGCCGAUCUCGGAGGCUACUACGGUCCGUUCGUCGAGGUGGAUGGCUUCUACAAGAAAGUGCACCUUACGGAGGAGCAGAAGAGUGUCGAGGCGGCAAACAAGAAGGAACUCCUUAACCUGAACGAGACGCUGCAGAAGGAGGGUGAGAAGUAUGUCAUCGAGUUCAGUGAAGAGUAUGGCCUGAUUGACAUCUUCCGCCCGGGCCCAAACAACUCCAUCGACGUCUGCAUGAAUGACACAGGGAGCGAUACAGCUCCGACUUUGUUUCCCUGA